AUGUGGCCAAAGAAACCCUUUAGGUCCAGACAUCUGCUGAUGAUCACUCAGGAUGAUCAGGGAGACUUGCAGAUGGACUACCCCUCCAUGCCUCCAGACUGUUACUACCUCGGCUACCUGGAGGAGAUUCCUCUUUCCACGGUCACCAUGGACACCUGCUAUCAGGGCCUUGAAGCUGACCCAGGCAAGCAGUGUGACUGCAGCUCCUUAGAUCAGUGCUAUAGCAAUCUAUGCUGUAUGAGUGAUUGUAUUUUAACCCCUGGGGACAAAUGUAAUACAGGCAGAUGCUAUACAAACUGCACCGAUUUCGAUGCUGGGACACUUGGCAGGCCAAUCCAAAAUAUAUGUGAUCUUCCAGAGUCCUGCCGUGGGGUGUCCUUGUCGGGCCCUGAUGACUUCCGUAUGCAAGAUGGAACCCCAUGCACUGAAGAGGGCUGCUGCUAUCAUGGGAACUGCACUGACCGCACUAUGCACUGUCAAGAAAUCUUUGCAAAAAUUCUGAAAGGUGAAGAUGUCUGCUAGACCAUAAAUCAAAAAAGCAGCCGACAUGGACACUGCAGAAGACCCCGGGGGAUUCAACGCUGAACCUGUUCCCAUACAGACGUGCCGUGUGGAAGGCUGCAGUGUAGGAAUGUCACACAUCUCCCUCAGCUGCAAGAGCAUGUUGGAUUCCAUCCGUUUGAGAUCUCAGGGUUCUGGUGUUUGAGGCUGGAUUCAUGUCAUAGCACAACCGAUAUUGGUCAUGUGAAAACUGGUAUGUCAUGUGCUCCUGGAAACAUCUGUCAGGAUACCUACUGCAGUCGCAGUGUGGCUCAGCUGAACUAUGGCUGUAUCCCGGAGAAAUGCAGUCAUAGAGGGUCGUGCGACAAUAACAGGAAAUUCCAUUGCCACAUAAGCUGGGACCCUCCAUGGUGCACUGGACGAGGCACUGGUGGGAGCACAGACAGUGGACCCCUCCAAGAAGAAUGGGGCCAGUCAGGCAAACUCAAGAAUCCCUGUUAUAUCUGA